AUGCUAUAUAAGACCAUGGAGCAGGGCGCCGUCGACGCGGUGACCAAAUGGCAAACGCUCGCACCGGCACUCCCCGACGACCUCAGCGUACGUGUCGUCAUCCAGAAGAGCCAGGCCAACUUCCAGUCCCUGUACCUCGGCAACUGCAGCACGACAGUGGCGACGAUGCGCAGCCGGUUCCCGGAGCUCGGGGUGACGAGCGCCGACUGCAAGGAGAUGAGCUGGCUGCAGUACACGGCGUACAUAUACUUCGGCGACGCCAUCAACAGCAAGCCGCUGGAGGCGCUCCUCCUCAACCGGUCCACGACCCUGGGCCCCUUCGUCAAGAACAAGUCCGACUACGUCAAGAAAGCCCUCACCAAGGAGACCUGGAAGAAGAUCUUCCUCUGGCCCAACGGCGCAGCAUCGGGGCAGCUCAUCCUCGAGCCGCACGGUGGAAUAAUGGACCGCAUCGGCGCCGCCAAGAUCCCGUUCCCCCACCGAAGCAGCGUGCUCUACAACAUCCAGUACGUGGAGCUAUGGAACGGGAAAGAGGUCGGGGGCAACGUUACGCCUAACUGGAUCGGAAGCCUGUACAACUUCAUGACGCCGUACGUGAGCAAGAACCCGAGGGGCGCAUACGUGAACUACAGGGACCUCGACAUCGGCGCGAACAAGGUGGUCGACGGCGUGAUAAGCGUUGAUAGUGCCAAGGUGUGGGGCGAGAGCUAUUUCGGCCCGGAGAACUUUAGGAGACUCGCCGAGAUCAAGCGCAAGGUGGACGCCAGCGACUACUUCCAGAGCGAGCAGAGCGUGCCGCCACUUCCCUUCAACGAGUAG